AUGGGCUACCGGGGGUUGAAGGUGAUGAAAUGGGAGAUGGUCCCCCAAUGUGUGGUCAGCACAGGGUGUACCUCGCGAGCGGACCGGAAAUGGAGUUGUGGCGCCGUAGAUCCGCUAGUUUUGGAUGGAUGUUUGUGCACUAUGGAUAACAAUAAUGACUCCCCAACCGACUUAUCACAAUCGCGAUUACCAUUAUCGUCAUCAUCAUCGUUAUCGAAGCCCUACCCAGCUGUCCGCCCUGUACCUGGCAAGAGUGAGGAGGGCUGCGUCAACCCACAUCCAUUCCGCAUGCUUGUCAAUGUCGGGGGCUUCCUACCAAAAUAUGGCUAUAUGUACACGUACGCGCAUCUGACGGGCAGACAGAUUAUCUACGGGCACGACAACAAGAGUCUAGUCACGCAUAGCACCUUGGUGUACAAGCCGUACAUGGCGGAGUUCUUGGCCAAUAUCACGUACGACACGUACACGGGCAUACCUCAUGGCUGGGCUCUGUCCAUUGCAGACGCUGUCAGCAAGCUACGGGACAUCGGCGAGGUGCUUGUGGGUUUCUCGGAGUUCUGGUCGUACCUGUCAUGGGUGCAGGACAACUACCCGUGUGUAUUCCGGCAGGCGGAAGAGCGCACCUGGACCAGGACGCCCGUGCGGUUCCCGCGCUCUCUCCCCAUUGCUGUCAGGGCGGAUGAGCACACGUACAUCAGCAUAUGCUGCCCCACACCGACAUAUAUACCUACCUACGUACCUGCUGCAGGACAGACAAUAUCCAGGCCACCCGCGAGCGCGGCUACUACUUCACAGGUUACGAGCUGGGUCACAUGCACCACUGCAACUACAAGCAUGUCGCCUUUAAAGAGGGCUACGCGGAGUGGUACCAGCCGGUCUAAUGGAAUGAGUAGUAGGGCAAUGGAUAUGCACAGCAGCUGCAGAAGAGCUGAUGGGUGGGCAUGCAGGACGGGGCGGAUGCGACCCAGCAGUAAGCAGAAGCUAGCCCGCCUGAUAUACAUGAUAUACAUGUAUAUCUUCCAGUUGGCUGGAUGCAGGCCUGGCUGGCUGGCUCGCGGGAUAGUGGGCAGUGGAAGAGAGUAUGUGUGUAUGUAUGUGCCUCCGUGUGUUUAUGUAAGCAAACGUUUUGCGGAGGCGUCGCAACUGCUGUUACUGCACUGCUACUUUUUUUCUUUAUAACAAGUGUAUCAUGAGGUUUCGGAGGCGUUUUUAAGUAAGCAGCAGCAGGCUUCGUGAUGACCUAUAGCGUGUAGUAGCUGGCCUCUCGAGAUGCUGGUCAAGUGUUUCGCGCGUAUUUAUAGUUGAUAUGUGUGCCGUACUGUGUACCAGCUACUAUCACUAUGACGACGGGUGAUCGCGUUAACUCCGCGUUAGUUCGCGUAACGAUGCGAAUCUUAGCGUUAGGUGCGAAUGAGCAUGCUUUUGUAACGCAAAGAGCUG